AACGCCGCAUCUUCGUAAUCAUCAUGGCUUCGUCGCUCAAGGCUUACCUUGCUGAGAAUUACAUGUCAGGACCGAAGGCAGACGCCAUCCUCGCCCAUGAACAACCCCGGAAGAAAAAACGAAAACAUGCCGCUAUUUCCACUACAGGAUCUUCCUUGGUUGUUGAGGACGCCGUGCCAUGGAAAGCCCACGAAGAGGCUAUGGACGAAGAGGAUGCACCGGAGUUCGUCGAGGAAUCGAAAGGCUUCAGAAAGAAGAAAGGAGGAGGAUGGCAAACGAUCCGGGAACCCUCUCCACCCGACGAACAGCCCCAAGUUGUCCUUCCAGACGGUAAACCGGUAGCACCUACGCGCACACGUCCUAAGUCACGGUCUCCUUCUCCCGUUGUUGAUGCGACGGACUUAGAGCAGGAAACUGUGUAUCGAGAUGCCUCUGGGAGGAAAAUUAAUCUGAGCAUCGCUCGAGCGGAGAAGAAACGAAAGGAAAGGGAAGAGGCUGAAAAGAUCGGGCGCCGGAUGGAGUGGGGUAAAGGUGUUAUUCAAAGACAGGAAGCAGAGCAGAGGAGAAACGAACUGCAUGGAGGGCAGCAAAAGAAUUUUUCAAGAUCAGCGAACGAUACGGAUAUGAACAAGCACAUGAAAGAGGAGCAGAGAUGGAGUGACCCUGCAGCAGCAUUUUUAACGAAGAAAAAACUCGGUCCCAAGCGUCCUGCGUAUUCUGGUCCAUUACCCCCUCCCAAUCGGUUCUGCAUAUUGCCUGGAUAUCGAUGGGACGGAGUGGAUCGAGGAAACGGCUUCGAAAAGAAGUUGUUCCAGCGUCAGAACGAACGGCAGCGAACCGGGUUGGAGGCAUAUCAGUGGAGCGUUGACGACAUGUAGACAGUCCUUUCUUAUGUGUAUUCAACCAUACAACACCAGUGCAUCAGUGUAUAGUAAGUAGGCUCGCGAUGAAUGGAAGUGAC